AUAUAUAUAUAAGCAUAAGCUACACGGUGUGAUUUAUUUUUACGGUAUGUGAUCUGGGAUGGCUGUUUCCUAAAAAGGUUACGACACUUUUAAGACUAAAACCAACAUUUGCUCUCUUGUUUAUGCCGAGUUUUUUUGGAACAUUUUCUUGGGUAUUUUUGAAAUACUUUAUUUGUUGAUAGUUUUAACCCCAAAACGAGAACAAUUAAGAGACUUUGCCAGGGGACCGCAUCAUCACAAAAAACAACGAUGUGUUUUGUCCCCUUGGGUACCGGAUUGCAUUCUGCGUUUCCUGUCCAGUUUUUUUGCUAAGCAGCAAUCAUGUAUUUAAUAGCAGGACUAAUCGAUUACACAUCAAAACCAGUAUUCUGGUUAUUUGCUGGUGGCAAGCGAAGUUGGACUUGGAUCAGAAGAUAAAUACAUUGUGUGUCUUUAUUUUCUUUUACUUUAUUCUGAACCCUAGACAUAUAAUUUGGAGAGCUGUUGGUGUUCUUUGAUUAGGAAAAUCCUGUAACAGAGAGAGCUGCCUCUGUGGUAUACGUUUGUACUUUUUAUGUCACGGAUACAAUUCAUAUAAUGAUAAAAGUCGUCGUUGUCAACGAACACAUUAUCAGUUUUUGUGUCCUUGGCCUAAGGAGCUUUCAGGUCUGAUCAGAGGCAGAAUUUCCUCUGUCAGAGCCACAUAGGAAUAAACAAGGGGCUUUGAAAGCUGCCUUCCAAGGAUAUUAAAGAGGACUCGCUUUCAACCUGUGCUGUGGAUCAGGAGUGAUAGAGUGCACUUCUUCGGGUGUGCACCCAUAUCUCCAAGCUUGCUGUCAGGUACCGAUGCCAGAAAGGAUGGGUACUCAGGGCAGCCCCGUCAAGAGCUAUGACUAUCUCCUAAAAUUCCUGCUGGUGGGAGACAGCGAUGUAGGGAAAGUGGAGAUCUUGGGCAGUCUUCAGGACGGGUCGGCUGAGUCCCCCUAUGCCUACAGUAGCGGAAUUGACUACAAGACCACUACAAUCCUCCUGGAUGGGAGACGUGUCAAACUGGAACUCUGGGACACAUCAGGACAGGGCCGUUUCUGCACCAUCUUCAGAUCCUAUUCCAGAGGGGCGCAGGGAAUCCUGUUGGUUUAUGACAUCACUAACCGCUGGUCCUUUGACGGCAUUGACCGUUGGAUCCGCGAGAUAGAUGAGCAUGCGCCUGGAGUGCCGCGGAUCCUGGUAGGAAACCGGCUUCACUUGGCAUUCAAGCGUCAGGUGCCAACGGAGCAGGCACGCGCCUACGCAGAGAAGAACGGCAUGACCUUCUUCGAGGUUAGCCCCCUCUGCAACUUCAACGUCAUAGAGUCUUUCACGGAGCUCUCGCGUAUCGUCCUGAUGAGGCACGGCAUGGAGAAGUUCUGGAAACCCAACAGAGUUUUCACCCUGCAGGACCUGUGCUGCCGAGCCAUCGUGUCGUGCACCCCGGUUCACCUCAUUGACAAGCUGCCGCUGCCCGUGGCCAUCAAGAGCCACCUCAAGUCCUUCUCCAUGGCCAACGGGAUGAACGCUGUCAUGAUGCAUGGUCGUUCCUACUCGCUCGCUAACGCGCCCGGGGGCCGCAAGGGGAACAGCCUGAAACGCUCCAAAUCCAUCAAGCCCCCCCAGAGCCCUCCUCAGAACUGUGCCAGGAACAACUGCAAGAUCUCUUAGCGUGCGGGUGCAGACCAGAGCCAUCAGACCUCAGCAAGACACAGACUCCGCCUCCGUUUAGGCAUUUUCAGGCUGCCUCAGUCAUAACGAAGAACUCUCCACCCAACCACAGACAAGAUUUGAAAUUCCUGCCCAAUAACCUGCACUAGUCUCUCCUUCUAUAAGACAUCAUCUCCCCGAUCUCCCUAUCAUUGGUUACAGGGGACUCAUUUAAUCAGGAAUCACCAUAAUGCCUCUUCUGCUUAGCCAGAAAGCAAUGCGCCUGGAGUCUGACUAUAAUGUUUUUGAAUUAUACUAUUUAAUUAUUGUAUUUUUUUUUUUUCUUGGAGAAACAAGAGACCUUUUCAUUAUUUUUUGCACUGAAAUUCCUCUGUGUGCUGCUUUACUUUCCGAUGGUGCUUCCCUGGGAUGUUAAAGGGACACUUUCGGGGAUGUGAAUGUGCAAGUGAGCACAGUGGCUGAAGCAAUAAAAUGUGGCAACCAUGCCUGCCUUGAAGGAUUCUGUUUAGCCGUACAGACAGGGGAGCUUCAGAGAUUCAUGAGAGGUUUUGGGGGUGGCAUCAAAAAGCAUCCUCCCCUGGACUUAGAAAUUACAACAGCUUAAAAACAAAAAGCCUUGCUGUUUUUUUUUUUGUUUGUUUUUUUACCAUUACUUUGUAUUUAUCUCUUUCUCACUCUCCAUCUCUGGAAUUCUGAGUGAUUCACACUCGCCUGAUUCUUUAACGCACUAGUCAUUAGUUUCAUCAUUUUGCACAAAUCAUAGAAAAAAAUGAGUAUCACAAUGUGUUAUUCAGAAGGAGUAGCAGUCAGAUUUUCCUGUGUAGUCUCUCUGGACAAUUAUACAUUGAGAGUGGUCAGUCCCUGAAUUUUAAACAAAAAUGAAGAAACUGAUACAGGCAUUCAAUACCUCUCUAUGUAAACAGAAAGUUAGUCUCCAGUGCGGUCAGUCCCUUGCCUUUCACAGGAUUCAUUCCUGUGCUGUACCUGCCUUGAGGAUGUUGGACCCUGAUGUAUACAAAUUUAAUGAGAGCUGCAUCUGAACAUGUGUGCUACUCCUUGCAAUACAAAAAUACACUGCAUGAAUCGCUGAAUCACAAAAAUUCUUACUGUAACGAUUUCCACAAAAUGAUGGGAGUUUAUCUGGGUCCAAAUGAUCCUUCAGUUUGUUGUAUUUGUUAUAGCUUUUAGACACUCUUUUUUUAACCUUUACAAGAUGGACACAUUUCAGUUUUAUACUGUGCAGAAUUGGUUUCUCCACAGCAGGGUUAAACUUUAAACUUGUCUGUUUUUCAUACAGCCACGUUCCCAAACAACCCCUUCAGUUUCAUAUUAGGCUCUAUUUGACUUAUUUUCUCCUUGGAUAAUACUGUAUUGUCCUCACAAUUUUAAAUAGGAAGGACUACUUAAAAUACACUAGCUGGGGCUCCACUGUAGACCCUGUCAUUGGAAAGCACACCAUUGUUUGCAUCAGGUAAUAUUAACUAGGAUUUAUUUAGCAUGCCUUAUUAUUCCCAUGGGUUUUUGGGGGCCAUAAAGAAAAGACGCCUAAUGAAGGAAUGAAUCUAAUCUGCUGUUUGAAACUCUGGCUAUAUACUAAAUCAGGUGAAGUAAAACCCACAGAACUAUUUGUACUGGAGCUUGAUAUAGAGACAGCAGUCUGCAACACUCUUAAUGUUUUUCAUUUGCUUAUCUGGUAUUUGGUAUGCAACACAGUUGUCUUCCAGGCUUGUCUUCAGCAAGUUUAUUGAAACUGUCCAUUGUUAUCAGACCAGUCCUUGUCCCAAAACUUAGCUUAAUACAAACAAAGAAAAACUGUUGAAGCUUGCAGUUUGAGGUAUGCAAUAUUCCAUACUGCUUAUUCUAGUAUGAUAUUGUACCCACAACACAGUUGCAUCUUUAAUAUUGUUUUUCCUUUUAAAGUUGUUUCAAGUUGCUUUAAUAGGGGCAUCCAAAUUAGGGUUUUGGUGCUUUGACAACUGCUCUCACCAGGUUCAUUAUUAAUACUCUGCAUUACCCUUCUGAAGUAUAAUUUGGGUUCACAAAGUUCUUAAUUUCUACACCUUAUAGUUACUAAUGGCCUGUGAAAGCUGAUUAACAGUGAAGCACCACAUGGAGAAAAGGAUGAAGUUAGGAAGUUGAUGUGUUAUAUGUCCCAUAACCAAUUAUUGUUUUACCUUACUGGCUAAAUUGACAGCUGCUGGUAUUAUGGUCAAGGGGUUAUGUUCAGAGGAGUGUAAAGAAAUGCGAUUUGAAUUGUUUUUAUAACUGCAAUCUCAUUAUUUGAAUACCAGGUUUCUCUUUUGCUGCAGUACGUACAACUCCCGUAUGAAUCAAAGGUAAACAGUGUCAUAACAGGGAUGUGAUAUUAGCCAGAAUAGUCCAGGGUUUUUUUUUUAUUUAUUUAUUUUUUUUGGCAAAUGCAAUCAAUGUAAAGGGAUUUUGUAGAAAGUAAUAAAAAGCAGUGUUCUUUGUUGGGUUAUUGUUCAAGAUGGGUGACUUAUAUCACCUUCUGAUAAUGUAUGCACAUUCCUUGCAGACGUUUUAGGAGUCGCUGGAGCUCUUUAAUGAGACACAGUUGGUUCAGGCCACUGUGUUGUUUUCUUCCCUGCAAGGGUGGAAAAGGGAACAUGGGUAUGUUUUUAUUAAUGUGUAAACACUAUUUUUGUCUGGUUGAAGCUGCUGGGUGAAUUUAAUGAAGAAUGCUUUUUUUUUUUAUAGGUGUUCUCAAAAAAAGCCCUUGUUUUUUUUAUUCUUGAUUGUACAUUUUUAACGUUUACAGACUGUGAAAUACAGCCUUUUUCACAAUAAAACAGUUAACAGUA